AUGAGAGGACAGUGGACGGGGUCAAAAGAUUGGCUGAGUGUAGAUGUGAAACAGUGGACGGGGACAGAAAGAUUGGCUGAGUGUAGAUGUGAAACAGUGGACGGGGUCAAAAGAUUGGCCGAGUGUAGAUGUGAGACAGUGGACAAAAGAUUGGCUGAGUGUAGAUGUGAAAUAGUGGACGGGGUCAAAAGAUUGGCCGAGUGUAGAUGUGAAACAGUUGACAAAAGAUUGGCUGAGUGUAGAUGUGAAACAGUGGACGGGGUCAAAAGAUUGGCUGAGUGUAGACGUGAGACAGUGGACGGGGUCAAAAGAUUGGCUGAGUGUAGACGUGAGACAGUGGACGGGGUCAAAAGAUUGGCUGAGUGUAGACGUGAGACAGUGGACGGGGUCAAAAGAUUGGCUGAGUGUAGAUGUGAGACAGUGGACAAAAGAUUGGCUGAGUGA